ACCAUAGCACAACCAACUCCGUCGGAAACGUGCACGCAUCGUCCCGCGAACACCUUACUACGUUUCGCAACAGACACCCUCUUCCUCUUCCUGCGAGACUCUCUGCCUCUGCAACUCCAAGGCAACCAUGGAGCAGCAAGGGGCCGACGCGGCGGCGGCCAGGCGGAUGGCCACGCUCGCCUCCCACCUGCGCCCGGACCCCGCCUCCUCUCACCCUCAGAUGGAGGAGGUCUCCCUCCUGAGGGGAUCCAUUUGCCGUGCAAAAGGGGCGGCGCCAGGCUUCAAGGUCGCAAUCUUGGGCGCAGCUGGUGGGAUCGGGCAGCCACUCGCGCUACUGAUGAAGAUGAACCCUCUUGUUUCGGUGCUCCAUCUAUAUGAUGUCGUCAACGCACCUGGUGUCACGGCUGACAUUAGCCACAUGAAUACUGGUGCUGUGGUGCGUGGAUUCUUGGGCCAACCACAGUUAGAAAAUGCUCUAACUGGGAUGGAUCUUGUGGUAAUUCCUGCUGGUGUCCCUCGGAAACCUGGGAUGACAAGGGAUGAUCUGUUUAACAUCAAUGCUGGAAUCGUCCGUACUCUUUGUGAGGGAAUUGCAAAAUGCUGCCCUAAGGCAAUUGUGAACGUGAUCAGUAAUCCUGUCAAUUCCACUGUUCCCAUUGCUGCUGAAGUUUUCAAGAAAGCUGGCACAUAUGAUCCUAAGCGCCUUUUAGGGGUUACAACACUUGACGUAGUGAGAGCCAACACUUUUGUGGGAGAGGUUCUUGGACUUGAUCCCAGAGAAGUCAAUGUUCCUGUCAUUGGUGGGCAUGCUGGAGUUACAAUAUUACCACUCCUUUCACAGGUGAAUCCUGCCUGCUCACUCACGUCAGAAGAGGUUAAUCACCUCACUUCUCGCAUACAGAAUGGUGGGACAGAAGUAGUUGAGGCUAAAGCUGGAGCAGGAUCAGCGACUCUUUCAAUGGCGUAUGCAGCUGCUAAAUUUGCAGAUGCAUGCCUGAGAGGACUGCGUGGUGAUGCCGGAAUAGUGGAGUGCUCUUAUGUUGCUUCUCAGGUGACGGAGCUACCUUUCUUUGCAUCCAAAGUGCGGUUAGGGCGCUCUGGUGUUGAGGAAAUAUUGCCACUUGGGCCAUUGAAUGAGUUCGAAAGAGCUGGUCUUGAGAAGGCAAAGAAAGAGCUGGCCGAGAGUAUCCAGAAGGGCGUCUCUUUCAUCAACAAGUGAGACCGGCCAUCUAGCAGAUGUCCAACCCCAACAUAGAAAGACAUGUGCUGUGUUUUGGCUUCCUGGAAAGCCUUGCUGUAAUUUCUCUGUAAUACUGUGUACAUGGCGUGAAUAACCUACACGGCUGUACUAAAAAGGAUAAAUAUGUGGUCGCCGAAAAAAAAAAGGAAAAAAAGGAAAGUGUGGUAAUAAAAGUUGCUUCUGAACAGA